AAGAUGGCAGACAGCAUCCCUCUGAAUCCUGUGCGGAAGAAUUCGAGAAAAACUGCGUAUUAUAAUGCUGGCAGACCUACCAGGUAUCAGAUUGAAGACGAAUCCUCGAACCUUGAUGAGAUGCCCUUGAUGAUGUCAGAGGAAGCUUUUGAAAAUGACGAAAGUGACUAUCAGACGCUGCCCAGAGCCAGAGGGAGUCAGAGGACUGGGCUGGGCUGGUUCCUCUGUGGUGGAUGGAAGGUCCUGUGCACCAGCUGUUGCGAAUGUCUGGUUCACACAUGUCGCAGGAAGAAGGAGCUAAAAGUUCGGACGGUGUGGCUGGGGCACCCUGAGAAAUGUGAAGAGAAGUACCCCAAAAAUGCCAUCAAGAAUCAGAAAUACAACAUUGUCACUUUUGUGCCAGGGGUUCUUUACCAGCAGUUUAAGUUCUUCCUCAACUUGUAUUUUUUGGUAGUGGCUUGUUCUCAGUUUGUUCCAUCGCUGAAGAUAGGAUAUUUGUACACCUACUGGGCCCCACUGGGCUUUGUGUUAGCUGUCACCAUGGUGAGAGAGGCAGUUGACGAAGUUCGGCGCUGUAGGAGAGAUAAAGAGAUGAAUUCCCAGCUGUACAGUAAACUCACAGUGAGAGGGAAGGUCCAAGUAAAGAGCUCAGACAUACAGAUAACCAUGAAAUCAAAACAGACUGGACUAAUGUACGACCUCUGUCCCCAGGAGGACUGUGACCCUCCCAUCCACGAGAGCUUGAGCAUUGAGAACACCCUGUGGGCCAGCACUGUGGUGGCAUCUGGUACUGUCAUAGGUGUGGUCAUAUAUACGGGAAAAGAAAUGAGAAGCGUGCUAAACACGUCGCAGUCCAAAAACAAGGUGGGACUAUUGGACCUGGAGUUAAACCGCCUAACAAAAGCUCUGUUCCUGGCUCAGGUGGUUCUGUCUGUUGUUAUGGUGACUUUGCAGGGAUUCCUUGGGCCCUGGUUCCGAAACCUGUUCCGUUUCGUGGUUUUAUUUUCAUACAUCAUCCCCAUCAGUCUAAGAGUAAACCUGGACAUGGGGAAGUCAGCGUACGGCUGGAUGAUUAUGAAGGAUGAGAAUAUUCCAGGUACUGUGGUUCGGACAAGCACCAUCCCAGAAGAACUUGGCCGUCUGGUCUACCUGCUUACAGACAAGACCGGCACUCUGACCCAGAACGAGAUGGUUUUCAAGCGCCUCCAUCUCGGUACUGUGUCAUACGGGAUGGACACUAUGGAUGAGAUCCAGAGUCACAUCAUCCAGUCCUACGCUCAGGUGAGCUCGGUGCAGUCUAAUGGCAAUAGUGCGAGUUCAACACCCUCUUGUAAAUCACAGCCGCCCGCUCCGAAGGUCCGCAAGAGCGUGAGUAGCCGGAUCCACGAGGCCGUGAAAGCCAUCGCCCUCUGCCACAACGUUACACCAGUGUAUGAAUCCUGUGUUAACGGUGCCAGCACAGAGCCAGAGAGCACAGAGGCCGACCAGGACUUUAGCGACGACAACCGCACUUACCAGGCCUCCAGUCCUGAUGAUGUGGCUCUGGUGCGCUGGACUGAGAGUGUGGGUUUGACUCUGGUGAACAGAGACCUGACAUCCCUCCAGCUGAAGACCCCAGCCGGACACAUCUUGACCUAUUACAUCCUCCAGAUCUUCCCCUUCACCUCUGAGAGCAAGCGCAUGGGCAUUAUUGUCAGGGAGGAGGCCACGGGCGACAUCACGUUUUACAUGAAAGGAGCUGAUGUUGCUAUGGCGAGCAUUGUACAGUACAAUGAUUGGCUGGAGGAGGAGUGUGGGAACAUGGCCAGAGAGGGCCUGCGGACACUGGUGGUGGCUAAGAAAUCACUGACUGAAGAGCAAUACCAGGAUUUUGAGAGUCGAUAUAACCAGGCGAAGUUGAGUAUCCAUGAUCGCGCUCUGAAGGUGGCGGCAGUGGUGGAGAGUCUGGAGAGAGAGAUGGAGCUUCUGUGUCUCACUGGAGUGGAAGAUCAGCUGCAGGCCGAUGUCCGGCCCACACUAGAGCUCCUCCGCAAUGCAGGGAUCAAGAUCUGGAUGUUGACCGGAGACAAGCUGGAAACUGCUACGUGUAUCGCCAAAAGUUCCCACUUAGUUUCUAGAAAUCAAGACAUCCACGUUUUCAAACCGGUGUCCAACAGGGGCGAGGCUCAUCUGGAGCUGAACGCCUUCAGGAGGAAGCACGACUGUGCGCUGGUCAUCUCAGGAGACUCUCUAGAGGUCUGUCUGCGCUACUACGAGCAUGAAUUUGUGGAGCUGGCGUGUCAGUGCCCCGCUGUGGUUUGCUGUCGCUGCUCUCCCACGCAGAAAGCUCAGAUCGUUCGAUUGUUACAGCAGCAUACAGACAACAGAACAUGUGCCAUAGGUGAUGGAGGAAAUGAUGUCAGCAUGAUCCAAGCAGCAGACUGCGGUAUCGGUAUUGAAGGGAAGGAGGGAAAGCAGGCGUCUCUGGCAGCAGAUUUCUCCAUAACCCAGUUCAAACACAUUGGCAGACUGCUGAUGGUACACGGCCGCAACAGCUACAAACGCUCAGCAGCUCUGGGCCAGUUUGUCAUGCACCGUGGCAUGAUCAUCUCCACCAUGCAGGCUGUUUUCUCCUCUAUUUUCUACUUCGCAUCUGUUCCUCUGUACCAAGGUUUCCUCAUGGUGGGUUACGCCACCAUCUACACCAUGUUCCCUGUAUUUUCUCUGGUGUUGGACCAGGAUGUGAAGCCUGAGAUGGCUCUGCUGUAUCCUGAACUCUAUAAAGACCUCACCAAGGGUCGCUCCCUGUCCUUUAAGACCUUCCUGAUCUGGGUUUUGAUAAGUGUAUAUCAAGGGGGCAUCCUGAUGUACGGGGCCCUGGUGCUGUUCGAUCAGGAGUUUGUGCAUGUGGUAGCGAUCUCCUUCACUGCUCUGAUCCUGACGGAGCUGCUGAUGGUGGCGCUGACGGUCCGCACCUGGCACUGGCUCAUGGUUGUAGCCGAACUUAUCAGUCUUGGCUGCUACCUCGCUUCCCUCGCCUUCCUGAACGAAUACUUUGAUCUUUCGUUUAUCACCACAUGGGUGUUCUUGUGGAAGGUGUGCGUCAUCACGCUGGUCAGCUGUUUGCCGCUCUACAUCAUCAAAUAUCUGAAGCGGAAAUUCUCCCCGCCAAGUUAUUCCAAACUCUCCUCCUAAACUUUCCAUAUGGUCACAUAGUGUCAAAAGGCAUGCUGAUGUAUUUAUAAGCACACACGACUGCUACAUCAAACACUUUGAAACUCAUCUAAUCCUUUUUUUUAAAUGCUGGAUGUUAGUUCACCCAAAAAUGAACAAGCUAUCAUUUACUCACCGUCAUGUUGUUCUAAACCUUUAUGGCUU